ACCCGCACGGUUUGUGCCUUCGUGUGGGUUUCACCUCAGUCACUGUCGUACGGGGCCCCGGCCCGGUGUCCGACUGGCCACAGCUGCCGAGAAACGUUAGAGAAAUGUGUCACCCGUGUGCGGAGGAGGCGAGAGACACCAGCUUUAAUAAAACAGAUAAACCAUCAUGAUUCCCAUCACAGAGCUCCGGUACUUUGCUGACACCCAGCCAGCGUACCGUAUCCUGAAGCCAUGGUGGGACGUAUUCACCGACUACAUCUCAAUCGUCAUGCUGAUGAUCGCAGUGUUCGGUGGUACACUGCAGGUCACGCAGGACAAGAUGAUCUGCCUGCCUUGCAAGUGGGUGGUCAACAGGUCAUGCGAGACCAUGCCCGUCCCAAACAUGACCACCCCCUAUGUACUGGAACCCAAAGGCAUUCAGUAUGACCUCGACCGUCAUCAGUAUAAUUAUGUUGAUGCAGUCUGCUACGAGAACGAACUACACUGGUUUGCCAAAUAUUUCCCCUAUCUGGUGCUACUCCACACCCUCAUCUUCUUGGCCUGUAGCAACUUCUGGUUCAAGUUUCCCCGCACAAGCUCAAAACUGGAGCACUUUGUCUCCAUCCUCCUCAAGUGCUUUGACUCCCCGUGGACAACGAGGGCUUUGUCUGAGACCGUGGUGGAGGAGAGCGAUCCCAAACCUCUCGGCAAAAUGAAUGGUUCGAUGGACAAGAAGGCUUCGUGUGUGAGCGAGGAUGUGGAAGCUAGCGUGCCCAUGCUUCAAAGAACAAAGUCCAGAAUUGAACAAGGAAUUGUAGAUCGCUCUGAAACUGGGGUUUUAGAUAAAAAAGAAGGGGAGCAGGCUAAGGCUCUAUUUGAGAAGGUGAAGAAGUUCAGGAUACAUGUAGAGGAGGGUGAUAUAGUCUACCGUCUUUACAUACGUCAGACUAUCAUCAAAGUAAUCAAGUUUAUACUGAUAAUUUGCUACACAGCCUACUAUGUACACUACAUCAGAUUCAGUGUAGUGUGUGCAGUAAACCUUAAGAAGCUAACAGGGUAUAGCACGUUCUCUUGUGCUCACCCGUUAGCAACACUUUUCAAGAUUUUGGCCUGUUUCUACAUCAGCUUGGUUGUAGUUUAUGGCCUUAUCUGCAUGUACACUCUGUGUUGGAUGCUCAGUCGCUCCCUCAAAAGAUACUCCUUUGAGUCAAUCCGGGAGGAGAGCAGCUAUAGUGACAUCCCUGACGUGAAGAACGACUUUGCCUUCAUGCUACACAUGAUAGAUCAGUAUGACCCUCUCUACUCCAAGCGCUUUGCUGUUUUUCUGUCAGAGGUGAGCGAGAACAAGCUGAGGCAGCUGAACCUGAACAAUGAGUGGACGUUGGAGAAGCUGAGGCAGCGCAUCACCAAGAACUCCCAGGAGAAGCUGGAGCUGCAUUUGUUCAUGCUCAGUGGGAUCCCAGACACAGUGUUUGAUCUGAUAGAGCUCGAAGUGCUCAAGCUGGAGCUUAUCCCUGAUGUAACUAUCCCACCAAUCAUUGCCCAGCUUUCCAACCUGAGAGAGAUGUGGCUCUAUCACACACCAGCUAAAAUUGAGGCUCCAGCUCUGGCUUUCCUGAGGGAAAACCUGAAGUCUCUCCACAUCAAGUUCACUGACAUCAAGGAGAUCCCUCUGUGGAUCUACAGUCUGAAGAACCUCAGUGAGCUGCACCUAACUGGGAACCUGAGUGCUGAGAACAAUCGAUACAUCGUCAUCGAUGGGCUCAGGGAGCUCAAAAGGCUCAAAGUGCUACGUCUCAAGAGCAACCUAACCAAGCUGCCGCAGGUAGUGACAGAUGUGGGCGUGCACCUCCAGAAGCUCUCCAUCAAUAACGAGGGUACCAAGCUCAUGGUGCUCAACAGCCUGAAGAAAAUGGUCAACCUGACGGAGCUCGAGCUGGUUCGCUGUGAUCUUGAACGCAUUCCUCACUCCAUCUUUAGUUUGCACAACUUGCAGGAGAUUGACCUGAAGGACAACAAUCUGAAGACAAUAGAGGAGAUCAUCAGCUUCCAGCAUCUGCAUCGGCUUGUGUGCCUGAAGCUGUGGUACAACCAGAUCGCCUACAUACCCAUUCAGAUCGGAACACUUACCAACCUGGAGCGGCUGUAUCUGAACAGGAACAAGAUUGAGAAAAUCCCCAGCCAGCUUUUCUUCUGUCGCAAGCUGCGCUUCUUAGACCUGAGUCACAACAAUCUGACCAGCAUCCACGCUGAUGUAGGCUUCCUCCAGAACCUGCAGUACUUCGCUGUGACAGCAAACAGGAUUGAGACUUUGCCCCCAGAGCUCUUCCAGUGUAAGAAGCUGCGUACACUGAAUCUGGGAAACAACUGCCUGCAGACGCUGCCAUCACGCUUCGGAGAACUCACCGGGUUGACCCAGCUGGAGCUGAGAGGGAACCGUCUGGAGUGUCUCCCGGUGGAGCUCGGCGAGUGUCGGCUGUUGAAGAGGAGUGGUCUGGUGGUGGAGGAGGACCUGUUCAACACGCUGCCAUCAGAAGUCAAAGAGCAGCUUUGGAGGGCCGAUAAGGAGCAAGCUUGAACCAAACCUCAGCGGUGAGCUGCAAAGGAGAAAAGUUUGAUUUGAGAAACAAACGAGAAGUGAUUUUGUUUAUAAAGAGAGGCAAACCUUGAGAGGUUUGCAGCAUUGUUGUCCAUGUGGGCUCAGACGAGGGAUGAGGCUUCCCUGACAGGAACUAUGAAAGCAUGGAUGUCAUACUUCAAGACCUCCAAGGAAUCUCUAAGUUCAUGAUCUUCAAGGAAAAAUCUCAUAACCAACCUUGGUGAUGAAAGGUGGUUUACUAAUGUGGCUUUUCUGUAAUUUCAUUCUAAAUAUCAAGCUGCAGGGAUGCAAGCAGGUGACGUCACAUAUGCAUGCCACAGUAGGACCUGUUUAAAGCAAACCUGUUUAUUGGAAAGAGCCAAAAAACAGAAAAAAACUUUGCACGAUUCAGCCUUGCCAGUGAGCUAAGCGUGCUGACUAUCACUUCUUUGCUGGCCGUGGGAUACAUGCACAAAUUGAAGAUGCUCAUAGCAAUGUUUGCCUGACAUUCCUCUGGCCUUGAGAAUCAAAAUUUUACUUUUACUAUUACAUUUGCAGUUGCAGUGUAGUGUUACUGAGAAUACUGGCAGAUGUUAGAAAAAAUUAAUAGUGCAACUGACAGCCAGCUUGUUGAGGCAUGAAGGUUUGGCCCUUUUUGUUUUCUUCAGGCUCUCUGUACACUCAACGUGCUUGGAUGCAUCUUUUUAUGCGAACAAAAUGACUCUAUGAUGAAGAUCAUCCAAAAGGUGAUCUCACAGCUUAGGCCUUAACUUAGACUGAUGAAAUGACAUCAAAGAAAAGCUGUCAUAUGGGAAACAAAUGGGAACAAACUCUACAGUACAAUGUCUAAAUACCCUGCAGUUGUUAAUUUAUAAUGUCGUCCUGUGGCCAGGCUUUUCGUUAGCUGUAUGGGAGCUGGGGAGCUUCUUCUUGGACACUUUAUUUUGCUUCACAAAACAUCAUGUCUUAUUUAGACAUGUAACCAAGCUUUACCUUGUUUUGCAUGACUAAACAUCACAUACAUUACUGAUGUGUUUUAAGGUAUGUGAGAUGGGCUUUAUAUCAGUAUAUUUGGGCCUAUUUAAACAAAGUCAAGAAUUUAUUUUGACUCAAAGAUACAAAUUUCUUGCUUUAAAACGCUAAUAUACACUGGUAUCAUGCUUGGGCCUGUGAAUGAGGCUGUAAUGUGAUUGGGUUAACACUCAAGUAAUAUGUGAUGGAAAUUAAGUGAGUGACUUAACACCACAGAGUAACAAUUUAUUUUAAGCUUAUUAUGGAACAUAAACCUGUAGCCAGAGAUCUCAAGUGACCUUUCUUCAAUUGAAGGCUAAUAUAUUUCUUCACUGACAAGACUGUAAUUAUACAGUGUCCCUCUGCUCACAUAAGUUUGCUGUCCCUGUAUUAAAGCUACAGAGACACAAACAUUCAGAGAACUCCCUGUCACAGUUGAUUUCUUUGUUUUUAUCUAGUUAAAACAUGCAAGCUUGCACAAUGCUAAUCACACAGCUGCUAGAUAAUAUAAACCAAUAAAAAGGAGCAAAAAUCAAGGUACUUUUAUGCUCAGUGUGAUUAUUACUUAUAUGGCACCUCCAAGUGGAUGAAGUGCAGAUGUUAGACAGGAGAGAUGUAACUAGCUGCCAGGUACUGCCAGUCUUAGAAAGAGAGGUGUUGAUGUUAGUGACUCAAGUGCCCAGUUGUUUGUAUGCUAGCCAUUAUAUUUAUCAUGCUCAGUUUACUCGAGGGGAAACUGGACAUUCAUCAGCACUUUGUUUAUCCAUCCAAGAGCAAAAUGAGGACAAACAGGAAAUUACAGAGUGAAGGAAACUGGUUUUGACCGACCUACACAAGGGAAACAUUUAUUCACAGAGAGAGUAUGCAGAAUAUGUGAUUUCCACAUGCAUGGUGCAAAUUAGUGCAAUAGUGCUUUGUCUGCUUGAAACGCUUUUCUUGUUAAGACCUUGGAUUUAAUAGCAUCAUUUGGAGUAUACCUGCUAUGUUUACUCCAGCCAGGCAUCUUUUGUUGCAAAUAUGGCCUUACCUUUUACAAGCCGUACGCCCUGUUAAUGAUCACAAACAUCACGGUCAUAUGUUGUUCUUUUUUCAUGUAUUGUAAAAUGUAUAGCUGAAAUGUUUAACGUCUUUGUUUCAUGCAUAUCAGACAUGCGGUAUGUGGUCUUAUUGUUACCAGCUGUUUCUUUUGUUUUAGUUUAGCUAUUCAAGAGUUUCAAGGGAAGUUUCACUGUAAUAAUACAACUGCACCUUUGUUCACAGUGAAUUUUGUUUCACUUAGGCCAUGGCCUUAAAUCCAAAUGCCCUUCGAGGGGUCACUAGUAAAGUGCACCCAGACAGUCUUAAAGCGCAGUCUUUUAUCUUGAAUGUGUUGACUAGCAGUCAAGACAGUAAUUCACAAGGAAAUCUCAGCUUUUCCCUCAUGUGUACAAUUUUUAAACAUAAUUCUUUGAAGUGGCAUGUCCAUUUCAAUAUUUAUGCUCUAGUUUAAUUUUUAAAAGGUGCCAAGUAAGAGCAAAAACAUGUUUUUCAUUACACUCUACAGAUAUUGACUGUUGACCUGUUGGAUGCCAAAAAAUGACUGCAAAUAGUCAAGUAAUUGAGAUACUAUCAUAUUACACAUAAUGUAUACCUGGAGGGAAGUAACAUGGUUCAAUGUAGUGGUGCAGUGCAGUCCAGUGCAGUGCUGCUGACACUAAAGAUCCCCCUCCUGCAGUGCACCAGAGUGUCAAAAUAGUCCCUUCAAAACAGAGCACAUCAGCUAUUGUUUCAAGUGUGUUUUUCAUCCUUAUGUAUUUAAGGAAUUUAAGUUCCGAUAUAUUUUUAGCCCUAAAUUCACCCUGGUUGGAACAGGUGGACUCAAUUACUCUUCAAGAGUUUCAUAGAAAUCUAUCUCAGGGCGUCACUGGGAGAUUAUUCACACCCCAUCAGAAUAGUUGGAUUUAUUAAAAGUUUCCAUUUACUGUACAUGUUGAUAUAUUCAUACAUCAGGCCUUUUUCCAUUUCAGCUUUACCAUUGUCAGUCUACAUCAGCAUUAUGACACAUCACUCAAAUGUUUGAGUUGCAUUUUUUACUACUAACGUUUGCCUUUAUAUCCACAAAUAUUUUGUCCAGGAAUCACAUCAGUAGUUUUGUCUGACCUCCAGAGCCAUGACUACAGACACGUACAGUCCCUCACAGUCACUUCCCUCUGAGUCACGAGUUGAGCAUGUUUAACCUGCGGCCCCACUCCCUUUCCUGCACGUCAGUGUCAGUUAAUUAGUGUGAAGGUCUGAGAUGAGGUCAGUCAGCCAUUCGCAGAGCACCCGAAAGAGGAAGUUUUAGUGACUAAUAAAAUUCCCCUUAGUUACUAGAAAUCUCUAGCACUUUGAUUAGUAUCAUGUCUCAUUUGUCCACACUAACUAGCCUCAAUCAAUACAUUUAAAAGCUUUUUUUCCAUUGUGUGCCAAAAUAGUUUUUCUUUCCACUUCCAUGUUCUCUCUUUUGAAUUUAUGUUGAAGUGUGAAAUAUCAAAAACGUGCUUGUUUGUGUGUUAUGUAUGCCUUACACAGUGUAGUCUGUGUUAAGCAGCAUGACUGAUCAGUUUAUUCUCACAGAGAAUUAACAGAAAUCCACAGAGGGUUUGACAUUGAGUUGCUGAUUUCUUUUUGGAUGCAGCGCCUGUCCUCAAAAACAAGACAAGAUUUUACAACUGAACAGAAACAACUUGACAAUCUAGCAUACUGUAAAUGGAGGUGAGCUCACCUUCCAGUGUGGGCAUUGUGUGUAACAGUACACAUCAUCAUCUGUUAAUAUUCCUGGAGCGUGUACAUUUUUGGACGGUUACAAACCAUUUCACUUGAGCAAAAAAAAAAUUGCAUUAUUCAAAAAACUGCCAUGAUUGCAUUGUAUUGACAUCUAAUCUCUACCUAUGUAUAAAUGGUUGUUUUUUAAAUCCAUGAUUGUAUUUACUAUUUACGAUAAAUCCAUCUGUAUUCUGAUGCCUGUAGAUCAGGGAUAUAUGAAAACAGUAUGUUGGUUUCCUUUUUCUUGUUUCACAUCCAUUUCAUUUCACAGCAUGAGUUUGUUGAUUCUGAUGCUGAACUUGUGUGCAGUAUAGCCAUACUGAAAGCCAACCACUUAACCCCUAGCAACAGUCAUUGCUGUAAAUAAGCCUGAAGCCUGAAAGCUGGAUGGACAGAUUUGUUUUGAUCAGCACUGUCUGUAUCGCACGUGAAAAGGCCUUUAUUAAUUAAUUGUUGCCAAGUGGAUUGAACACUGGCUUUUUAAGCGGGACGUCUGUAUCAAUGAACAACUGAACUUUUGAUUUCCUAAUGUUCAGACCCUACUUUUGUACCAUUCUGACACAUGAUAAUAAAAUAAACA